AGGAAGCAUGUAUUCGAUAUUGCUCCGUUUCGGGAGCAGUCAAGCUGCGAGUCACUUUCUUCAUCUUAUCUAUCAAUAUAUCGGACGUAACCAAUAUAUAAGUUGAUUAUAGUCAAUCGUUACGCGAAUUGUAAGUGAUAUGAGUCAAUCAUAGUCAGACCGUAUCGAAUGCCAGUGAUACGGGUGCUUCAGACAUUAUAUCGCGAGCACGUCGAUCAUAAUGAGACAUUAUUUGUGAUAAGUGAUAUUAUAUAGACAAACUAUAGCUAGAAACUGCUUAUCUCUUCUCUCACUGUUAAACAAAAUUAUUACGAGAUAUAUAGUGUAACGCGCAGAGUAACACUGAUCUAUUAUAAAUAAUAUCUAUUAUAUAUACAUGAGACGAUGGUGUAAAAGUAAUACUAUAAUGGAUCGAUGGAACAUCGUUUCCUAUUAUUAAACAGAUAAGCGGGAUCGUUUAAAUUGUUUAAAAUAAUCGACGCUUUACUAGGCGCGAUUUUACGAAACACCGCGUGAACAUCGCGAACAGGUUUUUUUUUUCUAUUUUAGCGGUGCGAUAUGUUCCGCAAACCACCGUGGGAAAUUGAGAAUCGCCACCGAAAACGCGAAAAGCAAGAGUAAGGAGCGAUCGUUGUUAAGCUAAAUGGUAAAACAGCGUACUAGGUGGAUGGCGAUAGCGAUGAUCGUAGUACAACGACGAUAGAAAGACGUUAGAACGUUACCGCUUGCGGCUGCAGCUGCGGCGUCAUUGGUCGCUGCACCUGCAGCUGCGGUGGUGGCGGUGGCGACGAUUUAAUCAGAGGGCGAAACGAUGCAGAACACCGGUGACUAUUAUCAAAGAGCGCCGAGAUGUUGUCCGGGUAGAAGUGGCAACAGCAACAACAACAAUAAUAGCGCGGGCGGAUCGGUGCGAGGCACGGAGCUGCUCUGCUGCUGCUGCAGCUGCAACACCGUUACCUCCACGAAGACUCCGGGACUGCUAGCGAGUCUUGGCGUAUGUGUGCUCGUCCUCGGCUACACCCUACUCGGCGCGUUCGCCUUUAUGGCCCUCGAGGGAGGCCUUAAAUCAGAUUCGGUUACCGAGAUUCCAUCCUCAAAAUGGGACGGGGCUUCCUACGUGCUGCCUAAUCUGGAGAACGACUCCGUUGCCACAGAAUUGAGAGCACGCAUGGUCGAAAAACUGUGGAGCAUCACCGAGGAUCUUAACGUGCUCUACAAAGAAAAUUGGACUCGCCUAGCCGCCCGAGAAAUCCUCGACUUCCAGGAGAAUCUGGCCCGCGGCCUCAGACGCACUUCUUACGAGCAGGUGCCUCCUCGGUCUCGAGAGCAUCAAGCGGAUAGGCGGUUACACAGUCGACGAUGGACCUUCAGCAGUAGCUUGCUGUAUUCUCUGACGUUGAUUACGACCAUAGGGUAUGGUAGUGUAGCACCACGCACAGUCUGGGGCCGGUUGAUUACUAUUGUCUACGCUUUAGCGGGAAUUCCGCUAAUGCUGGUCUAUCUGAGUACAGUAGGCGACGUGCUCGCCCGAAGCUUCCGUCGUCUCUAUGGACGCAUAUGUCGGCAGCCGCAUAACUGCACGCGAAAGCAGCAACCACCGCCGCCGCCCCCAGUCGGCGGCAUAAUGACCAAAGCGUAUCGCUAUGACAAUCAUGUGGAGACCAAGGGAGGUGGCAAUUACUAUUCGGCAAGCAGGGAAAGCUCCUGCGACGAUUUGGGUAUUCGCGGCACUGGGAAUGCGAUUCUGCUCGACUGCGGUAGCGAAGGUCUUUUACACGCUACCACCAGUUCGACAGCCGCACUUCAGGAUGUAACAACGGGUAACGGCAAGCGACACUUUCAUCCGUGUUCGCUGUCCUUAUCAUCAUCCUCAUCGCCGGCGUACAUGCUAGAGACCAAUCCCGUCAGGAUACCGAUCAGCUUGUGCCUGACGAUAAUGCUAGUGUAUAUAUGCGGAGGCGCGAUCAUGUUCAAUCGUUUGGAGGGCUGGAGCUUGUUGGAGGGCGGGUACUUCUGCUUCACCAGCCUCGGCACGAUCGGCUUUGGAGACCUGAUGCCGGUAGGACGUAACGCGCCCUCGACUACCCUGGAGGAGUUCAGCCUGUGUGCCUGCGCGCUCUACAUCCUCGCCGGGAUGGGCCUGAUCGCUAUGUGCUUCAACCUCGUCCAGGAGGAGGUGGUACGCGUGGUCAGGGUCUUCGGUAGAACCUGCGGCAUGUCGUCGGGCGUGGUGGUCGGACCGAUCGGUGGUACAGCAGGCGCCACUUCCGGUCUCAAGGCCGAUCUCGAUGAUGGAGGCGGCACCAGCGAUUCGCGAUUGUCCGAACAAGAAGAGGAGGCGAUCGCCAUGUCAAUGGUGCCGGCCGGUUCCUGACAGCAUCAGGCCAGGAGCCCCGGCGACGGCAAGCUCCUGGCCCAUCCCUCGAACACUGCCAUAAAGUUGUCGCCGGGCCAUCAUUCGCUGUCACGCAAGAAGACGUUGCCGCUGGAUGCUACUGGCAGGACAGCGAGCAACUCGUCGUCUUCGAGUGCCAGCGUUCAACAGUUCCAGCGGGGCCAGCCGUUAAGAAGAAGCUGUUUGUCGCCGACGCAGCAUCAUCAUGUUCAUCAACAGCAACAACCGCAACAACAGUUGACACAUCAUUAUCCACACCGGCAGCAGGACAGUUCUUUGCUCUUUGAAUACUUUGUGCCGCGUAGCGUCAGCGAGUUCAAUCUCGCAGAUGCCGUAACGGACAUGGCGGUACCGCUACCACCUUCCGCGUCGGUUCUUAGGCCUUCCACGACGAUCACGCCAUCGAUUGUCACCGCAGUGAUCACCACCGCCAACCAGAUGCGAUUGUUGGAUAGUGGUAGUAGUGGUGGUUGUAACAUCGCCACUAAAAGCCGCGAGAAAAUGGUUACAUUUGAAGAUGAGGGGAUCAGUUGCGGUGUUACCUCGACACCGACUAGGAAGAACCUGCCCACCCUAGAUAAUGCUUUUAUGUGACCUGUGCCGCAAAUUUCACAGAUGCUAAAGCGCUUGCUGCUGUGGAUAGGCGGGAACCAUUAGGAUUUCCACACCUCGAAUCUGAAGCGACGCGGACAAUGGCAAAUCAUCGAAAUGUCGAUCGAUAUACUCUCAUUCGGAUAAAAAAGUUAAAUAGAUACGAAAAUUAUUUUUAUGAAAAAUUAACGAAUACGUGAUUGGGCGAUAAACGAUUGAGAAAUAUCGACAACGAGUUAAUCCGGUGAUUAUCGAGAAUCUUCUGAGCGUAUUCCGAAUGCAUAAUUGAAAAACAUUAGGUCAGAUAUUAAGAAUUAAGAACAGAAUCAUAUCCAAUUAUGUCGUGGAACAUAAAAUGCUAAAUAAAA